AUGGCAUCCAUUUCAUCUGCUGCGGAAGCAGCUGCACGAGUUGCCUACCUUGUCAGCGACACUAUCCUCUCUGUUCAGCCAUCUUUGCAGACAGAUUCUCUGUUCUCAAAGCCCCUCAAGGCUCUGAAGGCGAGCAAUGCUCGUAGCAUCCUCCCUAGAUCUGCACCCGAGGUGGUAGCGGUACGCUCUAAUGAAGACCCUCUACUUUCUGCCUUCCAUCCACUGCAGGCAGGCGACGCAGUUUCCGUCGUCACCGGCUCUUCUGUCCUGCUCUCGUCCGUUCCUCACCUAUACCGCUUAGCGAACUCUCCCAUUGUCAUCCAUGUCGCCCUGGAGCCCUCCCCAUUCCCAGAUUACUCCGUCAUCAGCUCGAUACGCCAGUGUGGCUUCACCUUCUUGCAUUCCGAGACAAUCCAUGAGGCACAGGAUAUUGCCAUUACCGCCCAUGCUCUAGCACACAGAUCCGGAAAGGGUGUCAUUCAUUUCUUUGAUCCUGCCAACUCCGCAAACGAGGAUGCCAUUGAAGCGGAAAAUGUGGACGUUAUUAGGUCUCUGCUCAACCUGGGCAGAAGCACUGCGUCCCAGUCUGGAGCACAGACACUAUAUGCCGACUCCGGUCGUGUAGCCACCGUGUCUGAGGAAGUUGCGGAGAGCUCCGCUGCGCAAGGUGGCAUUGCUUCCACCCUCGCGCCGCCAGCCCAGACUCCUUCAAGCGUCAGUGUUGAUAACUCAUCCGUCGGAUCGUCACGGAGAGAUAGCAGCACGGACAGCCAUGCCACCAGCUCUGCCGCCACAACCGUUGAUGCUGCCGCUUCCGUCCGUCCAGUCAGCGCUGCCGACAUCUUCGAGUGGACCGCCCAGAUCUGGAGGAUUCUGUCCCAGAGCACUGGACGCACCUACCGCGCGAUUGAAUACACUGGACCCUCGGAUGCCAAGUCGGCCGUCUUCAUCUUUGGCUCUACCGGAGUAUUCGUUGAUGUUCUCGCAAAGGCGGAAGCCAACAGUGAGCUAGAGAACAUCGGACUCAUCACUGCUCGUCUUUACCGUCCCUGGAUCGGAGGCCAGAUUGUGAAUUCCAUUCCGAGCUCUGUCGAGAAGAUUGCCGUUCUCGAGCAGCUUGACCCCUCUGCUGGCAGACCGACCCCUCAAAUUGUUGGGUACAGACUUGGAUAUGUCGAGCCUUCUACUGCAGUUCAGGCACUGCGCGGUAUCGUCCAUAACUUGAACUCUUCCUCCCCUAUUCAGAACCUCGAGAUCGGCAGCGCCAAGGUUCCCGCCGCUGAGCCCUCCUUGGAGCAGCCUCACGUUGAGAACGCCUACCUGAAGAUCCUGAACCAACUAUUUGCUGAGCGUCUUCACAUUGCCAAUCAGUUGGGCUCUCAGGAUGCCGGCGUUUCUUUCACUAUCGCCGCGAGCCCUGAAUAUGGAUUCGGUUCGCUGAUCGCCAGGAAGGAGCGCCGUCAGCGCUUCGUCCGCGAGGUCGAAGAAGCUUCAAAGUCCGCUGACUUCAUCUCCGAUUCCUCCAAAUCCUCGUUGUCUAAUUGGGCGCUGAAUGUCAAGGACGCUUCAAAGGCGAACAAGCUGGCUUCUGAAGUGAUUGACACUCUCUCCAAGGACGAGUCUCAGCUAGCCAAAAAGCUCCUUGAGUCGAGGAAGCUCUUUUUUGAAGAGUCCCAAUGGCUCAUCGGUUCCGACGCGUGGGCUUACGAUCUCGGCAACUCUGGUGUACACCAUGUUCUCGCCUCCGGAGAGAAUGUCAACAUGCUUAUUAUUGACUCCCAACCUUACUCGGAGCGUGCUGCCGCCGAUCCGACUCGCAGGAAGAAGGAUAUCGGAUUGUACGCCAUGAACUUUGGCAAUGCUUACGUCGCCUCUGUUGCCGUUUAUGGCUCCUACACGCAGGUUCUCCAGGCAAUGGCCGAGGCCGAGCAAUUCAAGGGUCCUUCGGUCGUUGUCGCCUAUCUGCCCUACAACCAGGAAAACGACUCCGCUCUCACUGUUCUUCAAGAAACGAAAAAGGCCAUUGACCUUGGGUACUGGCCUUUGUACCGCUGGAACCCCGAGAAUGAGGCGAAAGGCGAACCCAAGUUCGCUCUCGACUCCGACCGUCUCAGACGGGAGCUCGAGGAGUUCCUUCGCAGAGACAACCAACUCACCCAGCUCAUGAACCGGAAGCCCAAGUUCUCUGCUGUUCUCUCCGAAUCAUACGGCACUGAAGUCCGCGCCCUACAGAAGCGUAAGGCCAAGGAUUCGUAUGAGCAGCUGCUUGAGGGUCUUUUUGGAGCGCCUUUGACAGUCCUCUUUGCUUCUGAUGGCGGCAACGCUCAAACCCUCGCCAAGCGUCUCGGAAACCGGGGUCGUGCUAGAGGACUGAAGACCAUGGUCAUGGCCAUGGAUGAUUACCCGGCUGAGGAUCUUGCGACCGAGGAGAAUGUGGUUUUCAUUACCAGUACUGCUGGCCAGGGUGAAUUCCCUCAGAACGGUCGCAGCCUCUGGGAAGUCAUCAAGAACUCUGGUGAUUUGGAUCUCUCCACUAUCAACUACUCUGUCUUUGGUCUUGGUGACAGCCACUACUGGCCUCGCAAGGAGGAUAAAAUCUACUACAACAAGCCUGCCAAGGAUCUCGACGCGCGUAUCGCUUUCCUCGGAGGCCGCAAGCUCACUGAUAUUGGUCUCGGUGAUGACCAGGACCCAGACGCUUACCAAACCGGCUACUCUGAGUGGGAGCCUCGUCUUUGGCAAGCUCUCGGUGUCGACAAAGUUGAAGGUCUUCCAGAGGAGCCCGCGCCCCUGACCAACGAAGACAUCAAGAUCCAGUCUAACUACUUGCGCGGUACCAUUGCUGAGGGCUUGUUGGAUGAGACCACUGGUGCCAUUUCCGCUAGUGACCAACAGUUGACCAAGUUCCACGGCACCUACAUGCAAGACGAUCGUGAUGUCCGUGAUGAGCGCAAGGCUCAGGGUCUUGAGCCAGCCUACAGUUUCAUGAUCCGUUGCCGGCUUCCUGGUGGUGUUGCUACUCCUUUGCAAUGGAUUCAGAUGGACGACAUCAGCAGCGCAUACGGCAACGAGACCAUGAAGCUCACCACAAGACAAACCUUCCAGUUCCACGGUGUCAUCAAGCGCAACCUUCGUUCCGCCAUGCGUGCUAUCAACAAGGCCCUCAUGACAACCAUUGCUGCUUGCGGUGAUGUCAACCGUAACGUCAUGUGCAGUUCUCUGCCCGAGCUCUCCUACUUUCACCGCGAAACCCACGCAGUCGCUAAGAAGAUUAGCGACCACCUGCUUCCUUCCACCACCGCCUAUCACGAGAUUUGGCUGAAGGAUGAUGACGACAACAAGGUCCAAGUGGCAGGAGAUGCCGUUCAGGACCACGAGCCCUUGUACGGUCCCACAUACCUUCCUCGAAAGUUCAAGAUCACCAUCGCCAUCCCUCCUCACAACGAUACUGAUGUCUAUGCGCACGAUAUUGGUCUGAUCGCCAUCAAGGGUGCUGACGGACACCUUGAGGGCUUCAAUAUCCUCGCCGGUGGUGGUAUGGGUGCAACUCACAACAACAAGAAGACUUACCCUCAGACCGGUCGUAUGUUUGGUUACGUACCAGCUGAUCAGGCUCACAUUGUCUGUGAGAAGAUCAUGCUCGUUCAGCGGGACUUCGGUGACCGCAAGAACCGUAAGCACGCUCGUCUCAAGUACACCAUUGACGACAUGGGUGUUGAGACCUUCAAGGGCAAGGUGGAGGCUCUCCUUCCCGAUGGGUUGCGUUUUGCCGAGCCCCGCCCGUUCAAGUUCGCUUCCAAUGUCGACACCUUUGGCUGGCAGAAGGAUGAGACUGGCUUGAACCACUUCACCUUUUUCAUCGAGAACGGUCGUAUCGAGGACACAGCUGAGUUCACCAUGCGUUCGGGCUUACGUGAAUUGGCCAAGCUCGACAAGGGAGAGUUCCGUCUUACAGGUAACCAGCAUCUGAUCCUCUCCAACAUCAAGGAUGAGGACUUGCCUGCUGUCAAGGAAAUCAUGGCCAAGCACAAGCUCGACAACACCUCCUUCAGCGGUCUGCGUCUGUCUUCCUCUGCCUGUGUCGCGUUCCCCACGUGUGGCCUGGCCAUGGCGGAGUCUGAGCGCUACCUUCCUGUGCUGAUCUCUAAGCUGGAGUCGACCCUUGAAGAAGUUGGCUUGGCCCGUGACAGCAUUGUUAUGCGUAUGACCGGUUGCCCGAACGGUUGCGCCAGGCCCUGGCUCGCCGAGGUCGCCUUUGUCGGCAAGGCCUACGGUGCCUACAACAUGUACCUGGGCGGUGGUUACCACGGACAGCGUCUUAACAAGCUGUACCGCCAGUCUAUCAAGGAGGAUGAGAUCCUUGAGAUCAUGAAGGUUCUGCUCAAGCGGUACGCACUUGAGCGCAACACCGACGGUGAGACUCCGGAGCGCUUCGGAGACUGGUGUAUCCGGGCUGGCGUCAUCAAGAAGACCACGGAUGGCACCAACUUCCACGAAGGGGUUGCUGAAGAGGAUGAAGAGGACGAAGAGUGA